AAUAAAUUGAUUGCUCCUACCUGAAUGUAAAAAUGCAUUAUUACACAGUUCAGUCAAGGUAGGCGAGUUUAAAAGAAAAAUGCUUUGAUCGUGGUAAUCAUAUCUGACUUGUAUUAGACAGGAAUAAGGGUGCUCUAAAGAAUAGUUAAACAAGCAAAAUGGCGUCAAUAUGCAGAAGACAUAGAAGUCGGUAUCCAUCACCCCCGCCGUCCUCCGGUUCAGAUAGUUCACUCAAGAAAUCCAAACGUCCGUUUCUGUCACCACCCCCUUCGUCCAGAACUCUCGACCAGGAUUUCCACUUCUACUGCUUCCCAUGUGAUAGUCAUGGACUACGAAAAGAGGCACAUGCUUACUGUGAGAGCUGCACGGAAUUUCUGUGCCAAACGUGUUACAAGCAUCAUCGUAAAGCAAAAGCAUUGCGCAAACAUAAGCUGUUACAGAAAGAAAAGAUGUACCAAGAGAAGCUGCUUAGGUCUAAAUCAAUGACCGAUUGCUCAGGAAAAUGUCCGAAACAUCCCGAGGAAAUAGUCACGUGGUACUGCCAGGUUCAUUUUCAGUCUGGGUGUCACAUAUGCAAAGAGGAACAUCAUGGCGACCGUUUCUCUGAGUGUGAAGCAGAAUCAGAUGACGGCGCUAAAGAAGACUAUGUCAAAGAGCUCGAUACACUGGACAGUAAAGCUGAUCAAAAGAUAGCAAAAGCAAGGAAAAACCGUGAAGAUGCUAAAGAAUAUUAUAAUGCAGAGGCUGAGAAAAUCAGGCGUUUGAGAAAUAUGUUAAAGGACCAUUUAGACUCGCUUGAAAACAAUGUUAUAACAGAUUCUAAGAAAAUAUUAGAAGAGGAUAACACAGCUAUGGAAACUAUCAUAAAGGAAUGUAGUGCUGCGAAAGACGAAAUACAAAUAAUGAGAAACAACAUUUCAAAAGGUAAACUGGACAAGUCUUUUCCUCUGCUAAAGAACUAUCCCGACUUUGUCAAAACCAAAGCUAUUCUGAGUCAAAACGACAAGUGUAACAGUGUACGAAGAUACCACUUCGAACCAGAUGAAGGCAUGUUUCAGUACAUUCUUGGUUGUACCGAUAUUGGAAUCAUGCAUGUAGCAGAAGAAUCUGAAAUGUCCACUGAGUAUAUAGAUGAUGAUGUUAAAACUGAAUCAUCUGCCACAACAAUUGAUGAAGACGAAGCGCCUGCCACAACAAAUGACGAAGAUUCCAAUACAGAAGAGCCUAAAGCACAAGGAACCAUCAGCGUCAAAUCUAAAUCCGACAAAAAGCGCUGUUAUAUUACCGGUAUGUCCGUCCUAUCAAACGACGAAAUAGUUAUUGCCGACAGCCACAACAACAGCAUCAAAAUGAUUGAUAUCAACGAGAAGAAAAUCACGGCAGAUGUUAAACUUUCCUUCAGUCCACAAGAUUUAACAGUGAUUAACAAGAACCAAAUCGCUGUCACUUUACCAUGCGCUUUUCUCAGUAUGAUUCAGCUGGUUUCCAGAUUUGGUCCAUUCAGAUGGAAAACAAGUCAUAGCUUGAAGGCAAAUGGGAAUUGUUACGGAAUAACAAGUACUGCGGAUAAACUCAUCGUUUCCUUCACCGGACCCCCUAAGAUUGAAAUAUUAGGACUGCAAGGGGAUGUCCAAAAGACAAUAGAUACCACUACAGAUGGACAAAACUUGUUCAUUCAACCCUGGCACUUGGCAAUUUCCCCAGACGAGAAGUAUAUUUAUGUUUCUGAUAGGGGCAAUAGGUCUUUGACGAGAGUUCCAACGAACGGUGAUAUGGAUGACGUUAUUCAAGUUUCACAAGUGACCGGUUGGUACUUUUCACCAGAAGGUGUCACUGUAGCUGACGACACCGUGUUGGUGUGUGAUAUGGAGUCUGAAACAGGCAACGUGUAUGCUUUCACGGAAGAUCUGACAGAGAAGGGAGUAGUUUACGACAACAAUGACGGGUUACGGCACCCCAAGACAAUUUGCUACUCUUGUUACCAAAAUAAAGUAUUCAUAACGUGUCAUGGUGACAAAGUAAGAAGUAAGAUGUUCGUUUUUAAACUGUAGGUGGUGUAUCAUUGAAAGAAACAUACAAUUAAACUUAACAUGAGACGUUAAUACUAACAGUUUAAAAUAUGGUAAAAAAAGAGAUUUAUACAAGAAUAACAUUUACUUGUAAAUAUGAUUACACAAAUGAUUUGUACCGAAUAUAUUGGAAAAUGCACAUGACGAACUAUUAAUUGUACAGCACAAACUAGUAAAUGCACAUCACAACCUAAGAUAUGUACAGGACAAACUAGUCUAUGUACAUAACAAACUGCUUUAUCUACAUAACAAAUUGUGAUUGGUACCGAAUAUAUUGAAAAAUGUACAUGACGAACUAAUUAAUUGUACAGCACAAACUAGUGAAUGCACAGCACAAACUAAAAUAUGUACAGGAUAAACUAGCAAAUGUACAUAACAAAAUGCUUUAUCUACAUAACAAAUAUGACUUGUACAGAAUAUAUUGGAAAUGGCACAUGACGAACUAAUAAUUAUCACGCAAAGGCAGUUUAGGCGUUCCAUAUUAUGACUCGAUAAGUAUUCCUAUACUUACGUCAAUGUCCUAUUGCUUGUGUUGUUAUGUCUGUAUGUAUGUGUAUGAUUGUUUCUUGUGUAACAUCUGCAAUAAAAUAUUCUUAAACUAAAUUAGUAACAAUGUCUGACCAUUAUUGUUAAGAAAAUUGUCAAAAUUUAGGCGUCAGGUAAUCGUUACAAAAAUAACGUGUCAUAAAUAUAAUCAAACAUUAUCAUGUCACUUCCAUUCAGGUUUUGAAUGAUAAAAUUUCUUCUAUGAAUUAAGUAGAAUUAUUAUUCGACUUUUCACAAUUCGAUUGUAUUAAAAAUUAUCUAUGACAUUUGCAAUGAUACGCGACCUGGCGGCCUAGCGGACUUGCGGCCUGGCAUAAUGGAAUAUUUCUAUUAAAAGAAUGAUUUGUACUGUAAGAUAAAUAUGAAAAAGAAUGUUGCUUAACUUUGAAAAAUUGCAACACGGCCCUUAAGUUUACAAUUACUACAAAGAAAUUGACAUACAGCAGUACCGUAGCCAGACGCAAAUUGUAACCGGGGCAGUGCUCCCUCCACCCGAAACGAAAAGCGGUAUAUGUGCGAUUGUCUGCGGGUUUUUUUUUUAGGGGGGGGGGGGGGGGUAUUGAUGUGGCUACUCUAUUGUUCUCUAUAUAGUUCCUUUAGCCACGUUAAAGAAAAAUAGCCACAUUAAAGUUUACGGAAUGAAUUAAAUCAAACAAAAUUUCCUAUUGUUCGUAUAGCCACCUAAGUACACAAAUGUAAGCUCGGACAGAUGAACGGACGGACAGAUUAACGGACGGAGGGCAUUUCUAUAAAAUCCUCCGGUGUUCCACUGGUAGGGGUGUAGUAAGUGUAAACUUAGGGCGGCGUUGCAAUUUUUCAAUUUUUAGGCAACAUUCCUUUUCAUAUUUAUUUUGCAGUACAAAUCAUUCUUUUAAAAGAAAUAUUCUAUUUUGCCAGGCCGCCAGGCCGUUGGAUCCGAAAUUCUCAAAGUAUUUUAAAUUAACGUUUUGUGUAUUUUAUUGUACAAAGAUUUGAUAUAUACAUGACUGUUUGUUAAGGUAUUAGACCCGUAAUAGAGUACCUCCUUUUUGAAGAGUAUUCAAUUCCUACAUAAGCCUACUUUGACUGUAAUUUUCAGGAGGGGCGUAGGUUCAAGUCCCACUUGGACCAAUGUUUUCCCCUUAUUUUCCUUUUUUUCUAGCAAGUUUUUACUUCUUUGAAGACUUAUUGUAGAUUUAUUGUACAAAAGUGGAAAAUUUUCAUUUGAUAAGCGAUUUCUUGCUGUUCAAAGAAAAUUCACCUCUGAAACAGAAGUGGUAGAGUUAGACAUCUUAAAAAAUACAGAGUUACAUGCGGUAAAAGUUCUCUUUUUUGCCUUCACUCUUUAGACUAGAUAUUGUGGAAGAAAUGUAGGUAGGUUUUAUUUCUGCCUCAAAGUUAUUUUUGAAUGAAGUGAGCAAAAUUCGACCUAAAUUUUUCAAUGUUGGAGUUAGAAUUCUGUCUCAUUAAAUCCGUUUACUUGAGUUACCCUAGAAAAAAAAAACAUAUUGACAAGUUUUAUUUUGUGUUUUAUAAUUGUUUACCUGUAGUUUGAUGUUUCUUUUAAAAUAAAUAGUAUAAUGAAUUCUCUGCAAACGUUUUGUAUAGUGGCCAUCACUUUGAAAUUUGUCUCUACUUGAGCUUGAGGAAAUAUCAUAAAUUAUACAAAAUUCAUAAAAAACGGCACGGUAAAAGUUGUUUAAAAAUUGCAACACAGUGCGAAACGCGGUCAACUUUAAGAAUAUACCAAGCAAAUGCCAUUUUGUAAACACUACUAUUAGGGGUCUAUAUACAUUAAUUUCAUUUUAGUCAGUGAACUCUCAAAGCUGCGUUGCAAAUAUUCAAAGUUAAGAAACAUUCUUUUUAUGCUAAUGUUUGUAUUCAUAGUUUUCUUUAUAUUUAUCUUACUGUAUAGAUGCUUGUUUCAAAGGAAAUUUCCGAUUAUCCAAGGCCGCUAGGCCGCCGGGCCGCCGGGCCGCCAGGCCGCAGGAACGGAAAUUUUCAGAAAAAUUAAAAUGUUAUUUUGUGUGUUUUAUUGAACAUAAAUUAACUAUAUACAUGACUUAAGAAAUAAUUUAUAGCAAAAGAGUGCUUUAACACUAUUUAUGCACGAUGGGUGGUUAUACGUCGGACGUAAUAAUUUUACGAGAGCGCUGCUUGAGCGAAAUUAUUUGAACGACGUAUUACCACCGAGUGUAUAAAAAGUGUUAAAGUACGCUUGUGCUGUAAAUUAUUUCGAUUCUAAUAUGCCCUUAAUCUCAAACACUAGAUAAAAUACAGAAGCGCUCUUUCUUGGGCGCGGCAAAAACUUGACAUCACCGCACGUUAACGUGACGUCAUUGUAACGUAAGAGUGUUUUAACAGAGACAAGCAUAUUAGAAUGUUUGUUAAUUUAUUUGUAGUAAGUCUUCUCUCAAAGGCUGUAUUGCACUAUUUAGUUAAAGUUUAGUAACAUUCUAUUUUAUGCUUUUUAUGGGUUUUAACAUUUGUAGUUUUCUUUAUAUUUACCUUAUCAUACAAAUCAUUCUUUAAAAAGAAAUACAAGAUUAUGCUAGGCCGCCGGGCCACUGGAUCCGAAAUUUUCAGGGUAAUUAAAAAUGCUGUUUUGUUUUAUAUAUGAACAAAGCUUUAUUUUAUACAUGACAGUUUAUUUAUUUCUUUUUAGUAAAUGUACUCGCAAAGGCUGCGUUGCAAAUUUUUAAGCAACAUUCUUUUUUAUGCUUAAUUGUGAUUUAACGUUUGUAUUCAUAGUUAUUUUCAUAUUUAUCUUAUUAUACAAAACAAUACACGAUUAAUGCCAGGCCGCUAGGUUGCUUACUUCAGGCCGCUAGUCGGCUGACUUCAGGCCGCUGGGCCGCCAACUUCAGUGAAAUAAUUGCCGGGGCUUUCAUAUCCUGUUAUAUUCUAAUCAUUCGAAAUAUAACGAAGCUUUAAACAUUGUGUACUCAGUUCAUGCUAUACUUUCCAUUUAGUUUCCGGCUAAAACGAAACUUGGUAUACAUCAUCAACAUGAAGCGGACAUGCGCAUAUUUUCGAAAUUAUCAUAUCCUGUUAUUUUGAUUAUUUGGAAAUAUAACAACUUCACAGCA